AUGGCGAAGUACUUUCCGAUGUCCAAGAAGUUGAAUUACAACGAUAAACUGAAUAAUUUCACAGCACUACCUGGACAGUCGUUCUACAGAGGACAUAAUGACAAUGGAAAGGCUGUAUUAGAUACUAUUGAUGAAGGAUCUUAUGGUGAGUGCACUUUUGAGGAGAUUGCUGAAAAACUUGAGAGGAUCUCCCAGAACAAUAAAGAAUGGAGCACUAGGAAGGCAAAUACUGGUAGAAGAACUUUUUCUGUCCAAGCUGCACCAAGUCAAUCAAAUGAUGAUAUUCGUGAAGAGAUGGCUCAAAUGAGGAUAGAAAUUGGCUUGGUAUUAAAGCAUGUGAGUGGAAGUGCAGAAAAAGUGAAUGCAAUAAAUUAUCUAACUAGAACUCCACCACCGCCAGUUGAAGAGUAUUACUAUGAGGAGGAUGCAAAUUUGAAGAAUGAUGAGACAGGGGGUUUUCGAACCAACGCCCAGGGUUCUAACUCGGAUAAUUGGUUCCAAGGUCAAGGAAACCAAGGUCGGAACUAUGGCGACUACAACCGCGAGGGAAACUAUGUACGGGAUGGGAACUACAAUUGUGAUAAAAAUUAUAACCGAAACAACUAUGGCAACAAGAAUGAUAAGGUUGGGCCUUAUGUUCCAUCUGGUAAUAGAGAGGUUGGUAGAAGUAUGACUCGCAUUGAAGAUAUGAUGCAAAAAAUGAUGAAGAGAUUUGAUUCGACAGAUGAAAAUGUGAAAGAGAUUCGUAAUGAUUUAUUUGGAAUUGGUCAGAAAGUUGAUGCCCAUGCAGUGUCAAUCAAGCAACUUGAGCAGCAGUUUAGUCAGUUCUCUACUACUGUGAACCCGCGCCAGCUAGGCACACUUCCUAGCAAUACCAUCCAAAAUUCGAAAAAUGAUGGGCAUUGUAUGACAGUCACUACACGUGGAGGAAAGCAAACUAUAGAUCCCCCCAUGCCGUCUGAGGUCGAAAGAAUGAUAGAAAAUGGUGCGGAUGAGAUUAAGGUUUCUGAAAAUCUGAAAAAUGAUGCAGAAAAAGAAGCUGAGGUGACCCAAAAAGUUGUUCCCAUUCCUAGACCUUCACAUCCCUUCCGGCAAAGGUUGGUGAAAAAGACUGAAGAGGGAAAAUAUCAUAGGUUCAUCGCUAUGUUGAAUCAACUAUCCAUAAAUGUUCCUUUGAUUGAAGCUUUAGAGCAUAUGCAUGGGUAUGCGAAAUUCAUGAAAGACUUGGUGACCAAAAAGAGGGAUGUCAGUUUUGAGAAUGAAGAGAAGUUGCAACAUUGUAGUGAUAUUGUUACUAGGUCACUUGUGCAGAAGAAAAAAGAUCGUGGAGCUUUCACUAUUCCUUGUACCAUUGGGAUAUUACACUUUGCGAAAACUUUGUGUGACUUGGGUGCUAACAUUAAUUUGAUGCCAUUGUUGAUUUAUAAGAAGUUGGGUUUAGGAGCUCCAAAGUCGACUGUAAUGCAUUUAUUUAUGGCUGAUAGAACUGUGAAUAGGCCCAUUGGAGUGCUCCAAGAUGUCCUUGUGAAAGUGGAGUCAUUCAUCUUUUCGACGGACUUUGUGAUAUUAGAUUGUGAGGUUGAUUUUAAGGUUCCCAUCAUCUUAAGUAGACCAUUUCUUGCUACUGGGCGUGCGUUGGAAGAUAUGGAAAGAGGGCAGAUGAAGUUUCGAUUAAACAAUGAUGAGGUAACUUUUAACAUCUAUAGGUUUAUGAAGCAUGAAAGUGAUCUUAAGUUGGUAUCAGUGGUGAAUCAUAUUGUGGAGCAAGAAUCUGAAGUGUCCAUUAAAGAGAGGUUAGGUGUUGAUGCACCAGCAGCGGUGACGAUAAAUUUUGAUAGUGAUGGUAUUGAUGACUAUGAUGAGCUAGUUGCUGCACUUGAUAGGUUCGAGUUUCAUUUCAAGCCAAAACGGUUGGAAUUAGACACGAAGAAUCGAGACACCCUACCUGUAAAACUAUCUGUUGAUGAGUCUCCAAAAUUGGAACUUAAGGUUUUUCCAUCCCACUUGCGGUACGUAUUCUUAGGACAAAAUAUCAUUUUGCCCGUAAUCAUUGCUGCUGACUUGAGUGAAAGGCAAAUAAAGACCUUGGUAUCGGUGUUGAAGCGGUUUAAGAGGGAUAUAUGA